AUGUGGGGUUUCUUCGCGGCAGUGAUCGUCCUAGUGGUGGCGGCUGUGGUCAUGCUGCUUCGGCACUACACGUCCAAGGAAUGCGGGUGGGACGUUUAUCUGUCAGCUGGCGUCGCCUGGCUGACGUCCAUGGGGGUCCUGGCGCUCGUACCGAUCGAUGUGUGGGCCGCUCUCUCAGGUUACGAGAUUCAGGCCAUCUGGUACUUGUGGCAGCUGUCCUAUUGGACGACCUUCGUCCUCACCUGGGCAGUCAUUCCAAUUCACCAAGGCUACGCGAACGCGGGCGACUUCACCGCGGUCGCCAAGCUGCGGACCUCCCUGCGCGACAACCUCACGUUCUACGCCGUCAUCGGCGCGGUCGGUCUCGUCGGGGUCACCGCGCUGGUGCUCAGCGGCAAGUUCUCCCUCACGCGCCUCCCGGGACUCGGCAUCGCGCUGUCCAACGCGUUCGGGCUCUUCGCUGGGCUGAUCCUGAUGUCGUACGGGCUGGUGGAGCUCCCGCGGCGGCUGUGGCGUCGGUCGGAUCCGCACCGCCACGCGCAGUUCUGCAUGUACAUGGUCGGGCGCAACAGCGAGAAGCUCGAGAGCGCCGCGUUCGAACUGACCAAGGCGCUGCGGGUGGUGCACGCCACCAGUCAGCAGAUGCACCGGCGCGACCCGCUCCAGCCCUACAUGGACAAGAUCCGCGGCUACGCGGACAAGCACUCUCUGCGGCAGGCGGGCGCGGAGGCCGGCCGCGGCCGCGGCAUGGACGACCUGGAGGGCGCGGACCUGGACUACGGCACCGACCUCGACGGACUCGCGCAGCUGCGGCGGCGCCUGAAGGUGGCCGUGGCGGUGUACGAGGGUGCGCGGGAGGAGUACAAGGCCGCGGUGGUGGAGGCGAUCGAGAUGGAGGACAUCUCGCGGCAGCUGAAGCCGUCGGGGGGCCUCGGGGCGCGGGGCGGGGGCGGUCCGGCGGUCCCGCGGGAGGACACGUGGUCGUGGAGGUACAAGUGCUACGCGCGGCCGUGGGCGUGCCGGCUCGGGGCGCUGGUGCUGGGGCUCGCGAGCGCGUCGAUCCUGCUCGCGGAGGCCACGAUCUCCACGCAGCAGGACCCUGACCUCUCCGUGUUCUCGAGGCUGAUCAAGCAGGGCAAGCACAGCGAGCUGGGGUUGCAGGCGCUGGUCCUGCUGCCGCUGUGCUACAUGUGCGCCAGCGCCUACUACUCCCUCUUCCACCUCGGCAUCUUCAAGGGGGUCUACUACCUCGUACCAGGACACUCGGCGCCGCUGAGCCUGCUGAUCAACGCAGCGCUGAUGUGUCGGUUCGCGGCCCCGAUCUGCUACAACUUCCUCAACACCAUCCACUCGGGCGACGGGUCGCACCCGACCAAGUUCGAGCAGAUGAUGCAGUCCAUGCAGGACCUGCCCUUCUUCGGCGGCGAGUUCAACGUGUACUACCCGCUCGUGGGCGUGGCGUUCACCGCGCUGGUCCUGCUCAAUGCCUGGGACCGUCUGGCGUCCGCCUUCUGCUGCUGCUUCGGGGGGUACCAGAGGUUCCGCUUCGACAAGGACGAGCCCGACGACGAACACACCGAGCGGGGCCGCACGAUCGUUCAGCAGGAGCGGGGGGCUCUGGAGCGCGGCGGCGACAUCGGGGACACGCUCGGACUGGGUGCGCUGGGGACGUCCGCGUUCGGUGCGGCGGGGGCGGCGCUGCAGUACGGCGGGUACAACACGGGGGCCACGAGGGAGGCUGGGCGCCCGCGGGAGGCUCCGGCGGGGUCGCGGUGGUGGUGGAACAAGUUCCGCGCGGUGCCGCAGCAGGAUGAGGUGCAGAGCACGCAGGGCACGGGGAGCCCGCGGCGCGGGAUGCUCUCCAACGUGCUGGCGCGCGUCAGGGGCGAGGGCGACGGCGCGGGCGGGGCGCGGCGACAGGGCGACCCGCUCGAGCGGAUCUUCGGCGACCUCGGCCGAGACGCGCGCGGGGCGCCGUCCCGCGGGGACGACGCGCGUCUCGACGACGAUGACUUGGACGGGAAGGGGGGCGCGUUCCGAUGGUGA